CUCCACUUAAAAGUACUCCCUCAGUUAAAGAGGUACGUCUAAAAUGCUGCUCGCGAACUCCUUGAGGUUCUUCCGCCAUAGCCCACAUGCCACGCUCAUCCGCCGCUUCUUUCAAAAUCGCCAGUACAAGCCGCCUAGAACCCCAACAUCAUCGGUCCCACCCACGCCGCCAAAGCCCCCAAAGAAGCCACAGACCUUCUCAGUCCACGAUACGACAUGGGAAGAUCCCUACAGUUGGAUGUCAAGCCUCAAUGAUAAGGUGGCCAUGCGACACAUGGAUAUCUAUAUGGAGCAAGAGGAGAAGUACACUGAGGCUGUUUUCUCUGAUACCGUUCGCCUCCAGAGCAAGCUUCAAUCGGAGAUGGCUUGCCGUCUUUCCUUCGACCUUUCUACUCCUCCCCUCCGUUGGGGCCCUUGGUUGUAUUAUAGGAGGGUAGAGGAGGGGAAGCAGUACUCCGUUCUGUGCAGAAGAUUAGCCAGUUUGAAUGAGGAGUUCGUUUCACAUAAAUCUCCUGGUGCUGGAUUUGAUUUCACCUCUGGGAAGAAAAUUGAGCAAAAGCUGCUUGAUUACAAUCAAGAAGCUGAAAGAUUUGGUGGUUAUGCAUGUGAAGAAUUCUCAGAGAUAUCACCAGAUCAUAAGUUUCUUGCUUACACUAUGUAUGAUAAAGACAAUGAUUACUUUAAGUUGUCUGUCAGAAAUUUGAAUUCGGGUGCAUUAUGUAGUAAGCCUCAAGCAGAUCGUGUUUCGAACAUAGCUUGGGCCAAGGACGGGCAGGCACUGCUUUAUGUUGUAACUGAUCAAAAUAAGAGGCCGUGUAGGAUAUACUGUAGCAUGAUUGGAUCCACGGAUGAGGAUGCUUUACUUCUGGGAGAAUUAGAUGACAAUAUUCAUGUUAGCAUAAGACACACAAAGGAUUUCCAUUUUGUCACUGUAAAUACAUUUUCUCCUACAUCUUCAAAGGUCUUUCUGAUAAAUGCAGCUGACCCAUUAUCUGGCUUGACAUUAGUUUGGGAAUGUGAAGGUCAAGCACACUGCAUCCUCGAGCACCAUCAAGGGUACCUCUAUGCAUUUACUGAUGCUGCCAAGGACGGCCAAAUGGCUGACUAUCAUUAUCUUCUUCGAAGUCCUGUUGGCACUUCUUUUGGUCCCCAUACCUGGGAGAGUGUUUUCUUUGAUGAUCAAGAGCUGAUUAUAGAGGACGUUGAUUUCUGUAAUACACACUUGGUAAUGGUUUUGAGAGAAGGUCGGAAAUAUAGAAUUUGUUCAGUUGCUCUACCGUUGUCCACUGGAGUGGGACCAAUUGACCUGAAAGAGCUGCAGCCUUGUUUUCUUCCUCUUCCAAAUUAUGUUUCUCAAAUUGCACCUGGUCCAAAUUAUGACUUCUACUCAUCAACCAUGCGAUUUACAAUAUUGUCUCCUGUGAUGCCUGAUGCUGUUAUUGAUUAUGACUUAGCAAAUAACAAGUGGAGUAUAAUUCAACAGCAAAACAUGCUCCAUGAAAGAACACGAGUUUUGUAUGGAACAAUCUCUUUUGCCAGCAUAGCUGAAAAGGCCUCAAAUACCAAAAGUUACAGUUUUGUUAACGAUGUCAAAUCUGAAGAUGAUAACUUGUGGAAUGAUCUCUCUGAAUUUUAUGCCUGUGAAAAUCAUGACGUCUGUUCUCAUGAUGGAGCCAUGGUUCCUUUAACUAUCGUAUAUUCACGAAAAACCGCAGAAGAGAACCAAAAACCUGGACUGCUUCAUGGUCAUGGAGCUUAUGGUGAAAUCCUUGAUAAGCGGUGGCGCAGUGAACUGAAAAGCCUCCUUGACCGUGGUUGGGUUGUUGCAUAUGCUGAUGUUAGGGGUGGAGGUGGUGGGGGCAGGAAGUGGCAUCAUGAUGGCAGAGGUAUAAGGAAGCACAAAUCCAUUGAAGAUUAUAUCUCCUGUGCCAAAUUUCUUAUUGAGAAAGAGAUUGUACAAGAAAACAAGCUUGCUAGUUGGGGAUACAGUGCUGGUGGACUUCUUGUUGCUUCAGCUAUCAACUGUUGCCCCAAUUUAUUUCGCGCCGCAGUUUUGAAGGUUCCAUUUCUUGAUCCAACAAGCACUCUUCUCUAUCCUGUUUUACCACUUACAGCCAUUGACUAUGAAGAGUUUGGGUACCCAGGGUAUAUAGACAAUUUUCAUGCUAUACAGAAAUAUUCUCCCUAUCACAAUAUCCCGACAGAUGUCCAUUACCCUGCUGUGCUUGUUACCUCAUCAUUCAACACAAGGUAUGUUCCUGUGUUCUUUUCUUUCUUUUUUAUUGAUUCUUAGCCAUUGUAUGGUUGG